UUAACUAACAAAAGCAAGGUCUACUAGUCUAUUAUGGCAAAGAAGACAAGAGCUCCGGCCACAAAAAAGUCCCCCACGGUAGAAGAUAAGAGAGUUCCGGCGAUCACCGGAGAGCGAAACUACAUAGAUUUGAAGCCGGAGUCCAAAUGGUCCAGCGAUGAAGAUACACACACUCUAGUGAUCAACCUUCCAUAUUUCAAGGUGGAGGAUAUGAAUGUUUCAGUAGACACCGGUAGCAAUACUCUCAGUGUAAAAUGUGAAAGCCAGGUCCCCUUAAACAUGUGGAUGCGUUUCGCCGGAGAUUUUCCAUUGCCGGAGAAGUGCAAUGUUAAUGAAGUGAAAGCUAAGUAUGAGAAUGGAUUGCUCUCCGUGAAAUUUCCAAAAAUAAUAAAUGAAGAUGAAGAAGAACAUGAAGAAGAUGAGGAAUUAGGUGAUGAAGAAGAUGAAACCAUGAAGAAAAUGAGCAAGCAUGGAAUUGAUGGUCAGCUUAAAAUGAUCAUUCUAACUGGAGUUACACUUCUCAUUGCCGUGGUGGUACUUUGGAUGUCUCCUUUUAAGUCACAAGAUAAAGAAUUAUGAAGAGCCAAUUGAUUCAGGAUAAAAGAACACACCAUUAAUGUGUAUCUGUGUGUAUAUACAAUUUAUAACUGUAAAAUGUUGAGAUUAUUAUGUGUAUAUAUACAUGAAGUGGUGCAAUGAAAAUGAAAUUACUGA